AGUUGUAGCUGUAGCGCACGCAGCUCCCUCCCCCUUUCCUCUACGUCACAGCUUCCCGGUGCAGCCUUUACGGGUUGCUAUGACGACGGCGUUGCAGCUCGUCUCUAAAGGCAUUCACGGCUUCUGCUUGUUCUGUUUGGGAAAACUCCUGUCGACCACAACAGAGAAAGUAACCACGGUAGGCGGCAGCAGUUUCUGUGAAUGGUGCUUCCUGAUAUGGGGACAGUGAUACAAACCCCGUUUAAAAUGCUGCAGGGAUUCAGAGGGCUUCCCUUUGGUGAAUCGACUCUGAGUUCAUAGUUAACGUUAUCUAACGCUUAGCUAAACAAACAUGUUUGUGUGGCUCAAAGAACUCGGCAAUGUUAGAUAGGUAGCUCUAAUUUGGUAUUUUUUGAAAUCCUUUUUUUUUUAGAUAUCACCAUGAAGUACAUGUGUUAACUAAUGGCGACUUUAAAAGAAGUGGGUCUCACAGCUGUGAAUGGACCAGACAAGGAGCUUCGCACACAGGAGGACGCAGUUAGGGAGCAGCCUUACAAGACAGCAGAGAGGAGACAUGUUGAUGCCCUUCUAGAUAUUAGUGAGGAGGACUUCUUCAAAGAGCUGGAGCCACAUGAGUAUCACUGUUACUCUGGUUGCGAAGAAGUUGUCCGGGGUUGGGCCAGAGUCGCUCCACUGAGCUGCAUACUUUUGACUCAGAAGAGAUACAAGAAACCAAAGCAUAAAGAGGCUGACAGCGCGAUCACUCUGUCCCCUGACCCAACAAUCCCUAAUGCAGACAACUCAGCCAGCAUUGCAGAGCACCACUGUGAGUCUCGUGUGGGAGCAAAUAAGAGCUUUAAGAAAUCCACGCCGUCAAACCAGCACGAAGGAACCUGGAGUAACACUACUGUGGCAGCUCUGCACAAAGCUGCCUCGGAAUGGCCUGUCCUCAAUGCAAUGCAGAAAACCACUUCAAAACUCUCACUGGAAGAAAAGAUAGAGGAGGAAGGGAUGCUCAGAGAGACUUCUUUGCAGAACAGGCCCACUAAGCCUCAGAAACACGGCCAUAGGCCCAAUAAUGCCGUGGUUCCCAUUAAAAACUUCACGUUCUUACCACCAAUUAAAUCACCACACCUGAAUCCUCAGAGAGUCGCUGGCCAGCUCUGCAGUAGCAAGAAGGCUCCAGAAGAAGAAACCAUAGAAGACAACAGUUUCAUGUUUGAUAAGAAGAGUGGGAUGAAGGGAACGAGAGUGGACCCUGUUGUUAACCUAGAGCUUCCCACUUCCACUGCAGGCCUCACCUCCAGGUAUCGGACAUGUCAGCAUAACCCCCACUUGUUCUCUGCUGUAAGUGUUUCUAUCCCCAAGAGGUAUCAGGUGCCUCUGUCUUCCAAACCUGACAUAGUGCACCACACUAGCUUCUCAAUGGGCAAGAGCCUCACACAGGCCCUCCAUUCCGGCAAUGCAGCAGGUGCACAAGCCCGUAUGCACCCCAGCAAGACUGUGUGUGCUGUCAAGAUGUAUGAAGGCUGUGAAAUAAAUGUUUAACAUGA